UCGUCCAUGCGUCCAACCGUUUCCGGCUGUGGGUAUGGCACGGUGAUGAUGAGAAUUCGGUCUCGACGUUGAUUUAUGUAGAAUUCCGUUGGAAAUUACCGACGAGCAUUCGCAAGCAAUCUCACCGGAGUAUGUGCAUUCACUGUGCGUUCAUUCACACCGCCGGAAGAUCGUGAUUUAGCGACCAAGCGACUUAAAUAUGAGCAGCGACGUGUUACUUUCUUGACACUUGGAGCAACAUAAAUAAGAGUGGAUAAUGUGGAGCGCAUCUGAGGACCCACCAGAUGCAAUGGAAGGUGAACCACCUGAGGCUAUGGCGCAUACAAAAGAGAAAUGUGAACAGAAUAAAAAUCAAUUGGAGUCCCUCAAAGAAAUUAUGAUGAGAAAUCAACAAAGUUUGAAGAAGAAGGAGGAGGAGGUGCAGGAAUAUGCACGAAGACUGUCAAAAAUCAAAUCUCGAGCCAGACUGUCACGUCGUAGCAAAGAAGGAUCUUCAUCAUCUAAGGACACAGUGCAUUCACCUAAGACUGAGUCUACGGCAAUAGACACAACAGAUGAUACUAUUGAUGACAUAAGCCAAGCAAAAACCCCAAAGGCGAAGUCUUCUUUACUUCAACGAAAAUUGGCAGAAAAUAGGAAAGCAUUUGAGCAACGCAGCAAAGAAUUAACAGAGACUAAACGAGCAGUGGAAGAGAAAGUUGAAGCUAUCAGGCAACAGCUGGAAGAAACAGACUUGGCUUCAAUGGAAAUGCACAAAGAUCAACUGCCUGUUACACCAGUCAGACCUCUUAUGGUGACAUCAGAUAUUAUGUCACCGAUUCAAAUCCAGGAUAUUCAGGAGAAAGAGAAUAAGAUUGUGGAAUUGAGUAAUAAAAUUCUCGAGCUAGAGGCAACUGUUUUGGAUCUCCAAGAAAACUUGAAAGAGAAGGAUUCUGUGAUCGAUUCCAAAACGAAAGCGGUUACUCUUAUGUCCGCGGAUCUUUCUAAGAAAGGCAAAACGACAUUGGAUAUUCUCGAAGAUACAAAAGACGAAAUGCGAACAAUGCAGGAAAAUUUUGUCCUGAUAGAAACCUCUUUAAAGAAUAAAAAUGCUAGCCUGUUAGAACAAUUGAAGGAAAGAGAUAACAGAAUCUCAGAGUUGGAACAUACAAUCAACGGAUUUGAGGAGCAACUAAAAGAACAGAAAAUAGCUGAAUCAGUAAGCGCAGAUUUCUCACGUUCUACUAUGGACACUUUGGCGGAGACUAAAGACGCGAUGAAAUCAAUGCAGGAAAAUUUCGUUUUUAUCGAAUCUUCAUUGAAGUUAAAGAAUGACAACCUUCUUCAGCAAUUGGAGGAAUACGAAAUAAAAUUAGCAGAAUCCAAAGAAAGGAUAUUCCAACUGGAAUCGGGCACUGGUAUAGUGACUGCUCCAGCAGUAGAAGAUUUACAGUUUAGGAUAGAAAGAUUGGAACAGAAUAAUCGACAGCUUCUGGAUGAAAAGUACGAAUUACAGAAAAAUAUCGCAGAAAUGCAAGACCAAAUCAUUGCUGGCAGAUCGACCCAUGAUAACAGUGAAAAAGAUAAUAAAAUUUCGGAGCUCGAAGAUUUGAUAGAGGGACUCAAACGAUCGAACGAAUUACUUGAAGCAGAAUCGAAGGCCGAACUACACAAGUACGUCACUGAAUUGUCAUCUAAAAAGGAAGAAUAUUCGAAUAUAAUCACUGAUCUUGAGGAGAAUGUACACAAGCUCGAAGCAGAGAAGAACGAAAUCGCAGAGAAAUUAUCAGACGAACGAACGAUGCUCAAGGAAGACGAUAAAGUGAUAAAGCUGACGAAGGAAUUGGAGGAUCUAAAUAAAAGUAUGAUCAAAUUGAAGGCCCAGCAUAGAAGCAAAAUAAAGAAUUUGCAGAAGCAACUGGAGAACUUCAAAAUGGUAUCUGAUACAAAUGCGGAACUCGUUAGACUGGGCAACCAGGUGGCAUUGCUUGAGGAGGAGAAAGGUAACCUUCAGCUGAGUCUGGUAGACUUUGACGAGCUUAAAGCCUCGGCAGGAGAUUGGCAAGAACGUGUUGCUGACCUCGAAAAUAAGGUCUCCUCUCAGACAAAAGAGAUACAGAUGCAUAUUGAUGCAAUCGCCACCUUAGAGAACCAAAAGUUAGAUCUAAUGCAAGAACUUCACACGGUAAAACAGGAGGUUUCGGCUCUAGAAGCCGAGAAUGCAGAGUCUGAAAAUCUCAGAGUGACCGCGGAAAUGAAAGUCGUCGAAUUGGAGGAGCAACUGGAAGCUGCGCACAAGGAACAGAGCGAUAAUAAACUCGAAUCUCUAUCGGAAUCCGAAUACCAUGAGCUUCUCAAAAAGAUCGACGCCCUGACACAGGAGAACUCGGAAUUGUACAGUAAAUUAGGUAAAAUCGAAGAGAAGAACGCAUCGGAUACGGGUUCCACGGAAUCCUUCGAAGCUAUCCAGGUGAACGACAGGAACGACCUGCUGAAGAAGAUCGAGGAGCUGGAGCAGAAAAACAACGAGUUAACGAUCAAGUUGACGAAAUUGGAGGAGAAGGACAGCUCGCACGCCGGCUCUACGGAAUCCUUCGAGACUAUAAACGAUACAGAUCGCAGUGAGUUGCUGAAGAAGAUCGAGCAACUGACCCAGGAGAACAGCGACUUAACUAUGAAGUUGAGCAGGAUCGAAGAGAAGGGAUCAUCCGACACGGGUUCCACGGAAUCCUUCGAACGCAUCCCGGAGCAUAACGAGAGUACGACGAAAAUAGAAUUGCUCACUCAGGAAAACCAUGAGCUCGUCAUCAAGCUCACAAAACUGGAAGAACAAUUGAGCCAAAUGGAGAGCAGCGCUCAAUUGGACGUCGCUAAAAAAAUUGAUGACACUUUAGAAACGCUUCGACAAGAGAAUGAUUAUUUGACGGAGGAAAUUUCUAAGCUAAAACAGCAUAUAGAGGAGCUCACGAAGGAGAACAGCAGACUGCAGGAUCAUAUGGAAAAGUUGACAGCGGAGAAGUUUCUGACUUCCGAGAUGGUGAAAACGGUAGAAACUGCUCCUCAAGUUGAGGAAUUAAUGGAAAGACAGCAAAUCUCUGAAAGAGAAUUGGCACAAGUUCCGAUGGAACUGUCGAUUAACGUGACAUCGUGCGCAACUGAUGAUAUGAAAUCUCAAAUUGCGAUGUUGGAGAAGGAAAACGCGCGGAUGGCGACGGCGAUUGCACAACUCGAAGAGUAUAUCGACAGUCAAAAGGAAAAGCUAAGUAAAGUAACUAGAGAGAAAGAGGAAUUGGAUCUGAGAUUGGAACGCGUGGCUUGCGACGAUUUUGCCAAGGAAAGGCUAGAACUCAUUGACAAGUUGGAGAAACUGAAUCGGGAGAAGGAGAGUGUUGCCCAGGAGAGACAUGAUUUACAUGAACAAAUCAGCACACUCUUGCAGAAGUCGUCCGAUGAAAUCUCGGAGAUGCGAAAGACAGAGGAAGCCGCUUGCCAAGAGUCGCAGGCUGCGAUCGUAACAGUCCUGGAAAAAGAAGUGGAGAACAGCAAAGUGUUGGUAGUCGAUUACAAAAACCAAAUGGAAGAGAUGAACAUGAAGAUACAGAGCAUGGAGGCGGAAUUGCAGGAGAAAACACGGCAGAUGACGGAGCACGAGGCGUCGACUGCGAAACUGGAGAGUUUGGAACGGGAAUUGAAAGACAUGUUUGCCACUGCGGAGGAAUGGAAGUUCAAGUACGACGAUAUGCAAAUAAAGAUGCAGGUGUUGGAGGAAGGUAAGACGUCAAUAGAGGAAGCGUUUAGAACAUUGGACAAUAAUAACAAAGAAUUGCUGGAAGUAAUAAAGGAAAAAGAUGUGGCGACCGCCACUCUGCAAGAGCGACUUCAAGACACGAUAGAAUCGCUCGAAACGAGAUUACAGGACGAAGUCGCGAGCUUGACUAUGAAGGAACGUGAGAUCGUAGAGUUGCAGACGGUCAUCGAAACCAAAAAUCAAGAAUUGCAUGCCAAAUACGCGCAGCUACAAAACGAAAUGAUCGCCAUAGACAGUUUGCAGGAUGAAUUGAAUAGUUGUACGAUGAAGCUCAAAGAGAACGAGACUGCCUUAUCGUUAUCGUUGGAGGAAGUUACAAGGCUUAAUAAUAUAAUAAGAGAGAACGAAAAGGAGAUCGAAACUCUAAGGAAUAACAUCAGCGAAAUGAAUGAAACGUCUAAGCCUUUAGCAGAAUUUAAUGAAAUAUUAGAGAGUUUACAAAGUAUAGAAACGAAUUAUACCGAAUUACAAAAUAAACAUGAGAGUGUUCUGAAAGCGAACGAUGAUCUAUCGCGACAGAUCGAAGAUAUGUCCAGGCGUGAUGACGAUUUGAAAAAUGAAUUGAUGAAAAAAGAACAGGAAAUUGCUGAUCUCUUCACAGCCAAGGAGAAUAUAGCCGCACAAAUUGAGGAAAUCACAAAUCAUAAGACUGAAGCUGAAAGGAAAAACUGGGAGCUGCAGACGAUUUUGGAUAAUCAAACCGCGUACGUCGAGAAAGUGCAAUUGGAUCUGACUAACGAGUACAAGCAGAUGGAACACCUUAAGAUCAAGCACACGGAAGAUAUAACGAUGCUGAAUCGUAGAUUGGAAGACGUUAUCGAGGAACUGGCUGCAAAAGUAGAAGAAAACGAGGGCUUGAAAGCCGAAUUAGAACAAACGGAGGAACUAGUUGAUAAAAAUGUCACGGAAGAGACGAAGACCGGUUUGGAGGACAAAAUCGUCGAACUGGAACAGAAGCUGUCUGAAUCUGAAAACAAGUUGCAAGCUCAAUCCGAAAAGAUGAAGAAGAUCGUAGCGACUUUCAAUAAGAAAAAAGUAGUAUGUCAAGAGCUUGAAGCGAGGGUCGCCGAAUUGGAAGAGAAGUGGACGACGGAGAAGGACGAGAAAGAGGUCAAUAAUAAGAAGAUACAAGAGGUGGAGAUCUCUAUGAGAGAGAAAGAUAACAAAAUCGCAGAUUUGGAGGAAAAACUACUGCAAACGAAGAACGACGCAGCGGAAACUCUUAUGAAUUCGGAGAAGCUCGCGAAGGAAUCAAGCAGUUUAAAGGAAAAGAUGAUCGUAUUGAUGGAGCAGAUCGCGGAGAUGGGCGACGAAAUCGAGAAGCAGCGCGCGGAGAUGGACCGACUCUAUCAGCAAGUGGAGGUCGAGAAAACGAUGAACGAGGACAUUGUCAGGCAAUACGAUCAUUACAAGGAAACCGUGAAACAAGAGAGUGAACAAAAACAAGUGGUCUUGGAUGAAGUGAAAGAAGAGGCGAGAGAACUAAGCGUGCGCAUGCAAGUGAUGGAGACCGAGUAUGUGGAGCAGCUCGCUCUGAUAAAGAAUCUACAAGCGGAAAACGGUCUCUUGUCGUCUAAGCAGACGCAGAUCAAUGAGAAACUGGAAAACGCCGAGAAGGAAUCGGAGGAACGUCGUGUGCUGAUCGAGCAGUUACAAAAGCGGAUAGUAGCCACGAUGACUGUAGGAGUGCAAAUACCGGAAGAGGACACGAGAGAGAGCGACGCGCGAGACACGCAGCGUUGCGACCACUCUGAGCAGUGUCAGAACCUGGUGCAAGCAUUAGAGACGCGUCUUCAGGAGCGCCAAGCAGAGAUCGAAAAUCUGAACAACGAAUUGGCCAAUUCAUACGGCAACAUUGUGUUACUUCACGAUGAGUCUGUGAGAUAUAACGACAUGAUGAUGCAGACGGCUCAGGAGCGCUUCAAUCAGUCGCUUAUGGAUCGGACGAACACGUUGCAGCAGGAAAUCGAAUCCUUGAAGACGGAGAAGAGCAUGAGCGAGCGGAGAGUGUCGGAAUUGGAAGCUGAAUUGGACGAGUAUAGGCACAAGAGUGCAGAGAGCAAAGCCGAGGUCUCUAGACCAAUCGAUGCUUCCAUCACCGAAGAUCAGCAUCAACAGGAACGGGACGAUACUCCGCAAUUGUUUGACGCUUCGAAAAUCUUUGGUGCUACUGUCACUUCGGAGGCUGAUAUCUCGGACAAAAAUGAAAUCGCGCGACUGCAAAGUCUACUGAAUGAGAGAGAAGCUCAGUGUUCCCAGCUUAUGAAAGAAAUCGACCUUCUAGUAAAAAGUACGGAAGAGGAGAGAUCGUAUGUGCAGAAGUUGCAGGCUCAAUGCGACGAUCAAGUGGGACAUUGGAAAAAUCGGCUGGAAGACGUUCAAGACGAGCUGAAACGAAUGGAGCGUCUGCAUUCGGAAAAAGUGGACUCGUUGAACGCUGAGUUGAGCAAGGCGACGCUUCAGGCAAACGAACUCAAGUCGUUGCAGGAGCAAUACUACAAUGCACAAGCUGACUCUGAGAGAUUGGGACAACUUGUAAGUGAGAAGAACACACAAAUAGAUUCGUUGGUUGCCGAGUUGAGCGCCGUGAGUCAACAAUUAAACGCGCAGUUGCUGCACACGAAUGUGGAAGCUGACCUGCAAACAGAGAUGUCGGUCAAGAAUAACGCCAUUAUCGCGCUGGAGACAGAGCUAACUUCCACGAAGCAAACCGUAGAGACUUUAACGGCGGAACGAGAUCAGCAAAACCGCAUCUUAGAAUUGUACAGACUUCAGAUUGAGAACCUGGAAAUAGAAGCGAGGAACGUGAAUGACAAUGAUCUGAUACGAUCGGAAUUGGAGCAGCGUGUCUCCGCGGCUACCACAGAGAGGGACUUGCUGCAGUUGCAAGUGAAUGAUUUAACACGAUCUUUGGAGGAGUUGCAAGAAUCGCUCGCGACUCAGCGUAACCUGCAAAUCGAACUGGAGAACGCUUUGCAUGAGAAGGAUCAGGCGCAAGUGCUUGUCGCGAAUCUCACGCGAGCAUUGGAGGACUCGCAACGAAGUCUUCAGGAAUCGAAGAUACAUGAACAGAUGCAUCAAGAGAGUGCGAAAGAACUUACUUCUGUCGAGAAACAGACCGUUCAACAAGAAUCGGAACAAAUUUCUAUACCUGUCGAAGAACCUGUUGUUCAUCAAGAACACAUACAAGUAACCCAAGUUCAUGCCGAGAAAGAGGCAUCAAAGCAGCAGGAGACUCCUCCAUUUGAUGUUGAUUUGAAAUGGGAUAACGGCUCGUCUGAAAAACUCAAUGUCGAUGAAGAAUCCUGGGGCUGGAGUACGGAAGACGCCCAAUUGGCCGGCGACCAACAUCUCGGCGACACGAUAACGCUAUUCCCAGAUGCUGAGAUACGCUUACGUGCCCAAAUAGAAGACCUGCAAGACAGAAUCAAAGAUCUGGAAACGCAGAACGCUAAGAUCGUGGAAGAGAGCAAAGCAGCGCAGGUGAAGAGCGGCAAGCUGGUAAAGAAACUGAAAGAAUACAAAGUUCAAGUAGAAAGCUUGCAGCAGCAGUUGAAGACGCAGAAACAAGCUGACAGCUUCUUCGACUUGGACACUGCUAUCGAGGAGGAACUGAAAACUCAGAUCGUCAACUUGGAAAAGGCUCUUAAUGAGAUCAAGGAGGAAAAGAAGAACAUCGUUGCCGAGAAGGAGGCUUUCUUGAAACGAUUUGAUGUGGUUGUAUCGGCUAACGAGAGAUAUAUGGAGAUGAAGGAGAGGCAGGACAUGGAAAUCGAAGUAUUACGAAUUCAGAAUAAGGAACUGGGUAACAAGGUGCAAUCUUUAGAAUGGCGGCUACAGGAUAAUGCGACUGGUAUGGAGGAAGAUAAUACUUCUUCGCAAUAUGAGGUUCAGCAAACUGACAAUUUGCGUCACGAGGUCGAUACGACUAUUGUACACGAUCGGCCCCAAAAGGAUCCUACUGACGAUCUAGAAAUAAUAUCGAGAAAGUACAAGGAGGAGAUAGACGAUCUGAAGGAUGAACUAGAGGCGCUCGCUGCGGAAAACGAGCAGUUACAGCAUUUCUUGGAGGAGCAAAAAACGACGAUAACGAGUUUGGAGUCGAAAAUGGCCAGUACCGGAGAACUCACGGAGAAGCUUGAAAUUCUUAAUAAUCAACACGCUCAGUCACAGAGCGCUUUAAACAAAAGCAAGGAAGAAUACGAUAUACUCAGGAAACAAUACGAGCAGAGUCUGAUGGACGCGAAUGACCAAGUGGCAGCCAUGCGACAGAAUAGCGAACUCCUCAGAAUCGAAUUUUUGGAGAAGAUAGAAAGAUUGGAGUUGGAAGUGAGCAGCUUACAGAAAGCCCUGGAAGAGAAGGAAGCUUUGGAAGCCAAGAUUAGCGCUCUGACGAGUUCAGAAGAGAAAUAUUCGACCAUCAACGCGUCUCUCAUGGAAGUCACGGAGCUCCUCAACGCUAGAGUGCAAGAAGUCGCCGAUCUGAAGCAAGAACUUCAGAACCAAUAUGUGGAAAGACAACAGGCCGAAGCGGCGUUGCAGUUAGAGAUGCAAAACCUAACGAGAGAAUUGGACGAGAGGAAACGGGAGUUGACAGCCUUGAGCCAAACAUGCAGCGACAAAGAACAUGAAUUGUUGCAGCAGAGGAGCGUGGAGACGGUGAACACUAUCGUUAGUGAGGCUACCCAAGAAUUGGUUCAGAAGCAUGCGAUCGAGAUUGAAAGAAAGGACAAGGAGCUACACGAUCUAACGGAGAAAUUGUCGAUGUUGCAAUUGAUGGCGGACGAAUACAUUUCGAGACUGCGAGACAACGUGUUUAAAUUGGAAACGCAGCAGCAACAAAUCGCGUAUCUGAAGGAAGAUCUAAUUGAGCGAGAUUCGAUAAUAGAGAGCACAAAGACCGACGUUGAUUUGACUAACGAAAAAUUGCGAGAGAAACAAGAGGAAUUGACGCGACGCGACGAAGAACACUCCAAACUCACGACAGAAUUGAAGAGAUGUUUAACGGACAUUCAACACCUGCAGAGUCGACUGAGUGCUACAGAAGAGAGCACAAUUGAUUUGCAAGAGUGCCACUCGCGUAUUCACAGUCUGGAGCAACAAAUUCAAGCCCUGAAUUCGGAGAAGGAAUUAAUCUUGUCGCAACACGAUGAAGAAACGAAGACUUAUCAGACGCACUUGGAGAGCAAUAAACAUCAAAUCGAUGCGUUGAAGCAUGAUCUACGAGAGAAGACCGAGCAAUUACACUACUUGAACGCGCAAUUGUGCGCCAAGGAGAAUGAUCUCGAAGGAAUCAAGAGCAUGAUGAUCGAUAAGGAUUCUCUGCUGGAUAUCACGACACAAGAGCUGAAAGAGAAGCAAGCCGAAUUGGAGAGGCUGCGCAACGAGCAACCGCAAAGUUCCAAGAUAAUCGACGGUCUUCCCGUCUUCAGGAUGGGCAACGACGACGACGCGGAGUUACAAAAGACCAUAGACGAGUUGAAGACGCAAAUGGAAGCAAAGCAGCAAGAACUGGAACAUCUCAAGUAUGUUCUCAGCGAGAACACGUAUCCUAUGAUCAUUCAGCAGAUGCAAGACAGGAUCAAUUGUCUGUACAACGAGAAGGCGACGCUGGAGACUUCCUUGCGAACGACCACGCAGACUUUGACGGAGAAGCAAGAGCAGGUGCAUCUUUUGACACAACGCAUCAACGGGCAGAACCAGGAACAUGUUUCUAAGGAGGAGGCCAAUAUGCUUUCCAGAGAUCGCAGGUCCGCGCACGACCAAGAGGAAAUUGUUCGGUUACAAAACGAAUUGCAUGCCAAGGAGCAGGAGAUUAAUGAGCUAAAGUACGUCAUAGCCGAGAAAGACUCGCAGUUGUGUCUCCAGGCCAGCAUGGAGCCGCAAUCGGACGAGUUUGAACUGCGUGAGACCCUGCAGAGAUUGACUGGAGAAUUGUACGGAAAAGAUCAGGAGGUGCAGACGUUGAAGGCGACUAUAGCGACACUGCAGGAGGAGCUGUCGCGUCUCAAAAAUAUCGAGAGACUUUCCGAGGAGAGUAAGAAUACCAUCGAGAAGCUAUAUUCCACCAUCGAGAGGCUAUAUUCCGAAAAAGAGCAGAUCCGCGUCGAAGCUGAGGAAUCCUUGAAGAGAGAACUGCAAAGAAAAGAAGCAGAGAUCGGCGAAAUAAAGCAACGACUGUCGGAAGAGAACCAACAGUUACUGGCGGAGUUCCGCUUGAAAGACAGCGACAUAGAGAACUUGAGGACGCAGUUGACGCAGUUGCAAGACGACUGGAGUGACAGAUUACAGCGGAAGGAAAACGAACUGAUGCAAAUGACCGACGGUUUGACGGAGAAAGAGCGAAAAUUAGCCGAACUGAGUAUCACCAAGGACACUGUAUUCCAUAAUCUGAAGAUGCAGAUAAACGAAAAAGAGGUUCGUAUAGAGGAACUCUUGGCGUUGUGCACCGAGGAGGAGAAACAGCUGAACGAGCUGAGGCAAAUUUUGACGGCCAGGGAAACGGAGGUGAACACGCUGAAACAGUUGUUAGAGCAAAAAGUGGCCGAGUACGAAGUAAUACAGCAUGCCUUGAAGAAAGACGUAUCCGUUAUCGAAGCCGCGGCAUCGAAGAGUCCGGAUAUCACUCAAACAUCCGACAAGGAGGUUGCUUCGAACGAGUUGGACCUCGCGUUGUAUAUGCUUCAUCAAAGGGAUGUCAGAUGCGAGGAGCUGACUCAUGAACUAAUGCAGUUGCUCGAGGAACGCGACACGUUGCAACUACGAUUGUCUAAUGCCAUCCGAGUGAACGAAGAGCUCAGGAGAGCGAGCAGCGUUGAAGCGAGCCCAACGAAAGACCCGACGCCGUUAACGAUAGUCGAACCCGUUGUGGAACAACCGUCGCCUUCCAAAUCCGAAGGACCAGUUGAAAUCGCCAAAGAAGCCAUCGAUGACCCAAUGGAGAAUAAAGAAGCUCUUGCUCUCAAAUUGUCGCAGUUACAUUCGGUCAGCCACACGAAAGACGUACGAUUAAAGGACGAGCGGGAGCUAAGGCAUACGCAACAAAUGUCCUUGUUAGCGCACAGGGACGUAUUAAGUACGUUACCACCCGAAGCAGCCGCGAGGCUCGUCAACGCUAAUUAUACACUCUCUCGAGAUGUUCGGAGCCAAUCGAGCGUCCUCCUGAAUUGGUUGUGGGGCAAGAGCACGCCGAAGGUAGUGCACAUGUGAUGAACGAACAGCGGAAGUGAAACGGCCAUUGUUUUUGCCUUCUGGAUACAUUCCUGCCAAGUGCCAACUGCCAAGACUUAUACUCGCAGUUAUCUAUGCGUAGUUGGAACUCGUCAUGCAUUUUUCAGGCAGAAGUCGUUUGAGCUUGCACGCUAGCUAACGAUCGCGAUGAAUUUUCCCGCGGGAGGGUGUGGCGUGGCGGAAGAAGGCGUUAGCAAGAGAUAUUUUUCAAAUCACAUGUACAGAUUGUAGGUAGUGUUCUUUCUCGGAAAAGUCGCUCCUCUUCGAGAAAGAAGAGAAUACGAGGAGCAGACUUUCAUGUAUUAUAACGUUGUAUAGCUGAUGUGUACGAGAUAAUAUGAAACCUAAAAUGUUGCCUUAGGAUAUGUAAUUUCAGUGUGUUUUUCCGUCUUUCUUUUUUUUUAUUUUCUGACUAAAUUAUCGAUAGCAUGCAUUGAAAUUAUUUUGAAACUUAGCAUUACGAAUGCGCGGGCGUAAAUAUUUCACUGAUUUGUUAAUUAGAAUAUUUACAUAUCUUACGAAUUAUCUAUUACUUACGGUCUUUAUUAAUUGCGAUUGUCUUCCGGUUUUUUGGUGCAAUUAUUGUUAUUACACUAUCAUUAUUAUUAUUAUUAUUAAUUGUACGUCGAAGGGAAGCCGCGCAAGACGAAUAAUAAUUAAUCCAGAGAUAAUCUGCGGUAAUCGUAAAUUAUUCAAUUGUUCUAUUUCCAUAAAAUUUUGUACAGAGAAAAAAUGAAGCAUAAAUAAAGAGAUAAGAAGGAA